UAUGUUUUAUUAUGAGAUCAAAAGUCACGAGAUCCUGGAAAGGCGUUCAAAAUAACUUCGUGAUUUUAUAGUUUGUGGAUAUUUUACAUCUUCUGUCUUGAAACAUCAUGGCAAGUGGCGAUGUGAAGUAUUUUGGAGGAAUUGAAGGUGGUGGCUCAUGUUCCAAUAUGGUUCUGCUCAAUACUGAUGGGGAAGUCAUUGGCAGCAGUGAAGGUUUAGGUACAAAUCAUUGGUUGAUUGGCAUUGACGAAUGUGCGAAGAGAGUGAAUGAUUUGGUUGUCAAGGCCAAGGAGAUGGCGGGCAUUCCUGUUAAUACGCCAUUGACUUCACUGGGACUAAGCCUGAGUGGUGGUGAACACCCUGAUUUUAAAAAACAAAUGUCGGAUACAAUGAAUAGUAAAUAUCCUGACUGCAGUAAAAGUUACCACACUUGCACAGAUACAUUUGGGUCAAUAGCAACUGCAUCAGCAUCAGGUGGCAUAGUCUUAAUAUCAGGAACAGGCUCAAACUGCCAGUUAGUCAAUCCAAAUGGUGAUGUCCAUGGCUGUGGUGGAUGGGGACACAUGCUGGGCGAUGAGGGAUCAGGUUAUUGGAUAAGUCAUAUGGCUAUGAAAACUGUUUAUGAUGAUGCAGACGGAAUGGUCCAAUCACCUCACGACGUUCAAUUUGUUAAAGACGAGAUGUACAACUAUUUUAAUUUAGAAAAACCAUUUGAUAUUUUGGAGCCUUUGUAUAGAAAUUUCGACAAAGGGAAAGUAGCUCAUUUUACAACGACUCUCGCAAAAGGGGCGAUUGAAAAGGGCGACCCUUUGUGUAGAUAUCUAUUUAAAGAAGCCGGUGUACGUCUGGGGCAUCACGUGAAUGCCCUGGAGACGAAAGUUGACGAGCAAUUGGCAAAAUCCGAGGAUGGUUUAAAAGUCAUGUGUGUUGGUUCCGUUUUUAAAAGUUGGGAAAUAUUGGAAGCAGGUUUUGUGGAAGGUCUUAAGAGAGGUCACGAUAGACGCCCACCACCAUACAAGUCAUUAGUCUUACUUCGCCCCAAAGUUCAAAGCAGUAUUGGUGCCGCCAUCUUGGGAGCGAAAGCAAUUGGCGAGAGAUUUCCCGUCGACUACAGCAAAAACACAGAAAGUUUUUUCACUUUUACACCGGAAUGUUGUAACAACGCAUAAAAGCGUUCUGCGUUUUCGCAGAAGUAGUUUUGAACAAGAAUAGGAUUGAUCCUACUGUCGGCUUCAUGCUCAUUGGUCAUGAGAAGAAUAGCUUGACCUUGGAAUUAUUGCUGAAAGAGCGAUCUUUUCUCAGUUUUCUGCGCCAUUUUUUCGUGUUUUUUUACAAAAGUUGUGAUUAAGAAUAUGUACAAUAAUUGAACAAUAAUCCACCAAAUAAGAGCUUUGAAUACAGUCGUUAAUGA